AUGUCCGAAAAAUCGGAUAUUACUGGGAAGGCUAAAUAUUUUUCUGCUGCACAACAAGUAAGAGACAAGUUAAAACAUCCAAAGAUAAAUAGAAUCAAUAGCGGCGACUUAAGUACUGGGCAACCAUAUACACUUGGUAUUCGUAUGGCCAAUACUGAUCGGUUCGAUUACUUGAUACAAUCCUGCACAUAUAAUGAUAAAUACCAUUUUAUCGAUGAGAAUAGCUGUCUGGUCUGCGACAAAUUUUUCCUGCAGAUGUGGGAAAAUGAUAUGUACCGGUUGGGAGCAGUGAAACGUACGUUUAUCCACUUUAUGCCACCAGAGCCGCUCGCUCGUCUCGAGUGCAGCUUACGCAUAUUGCACUGUUGCGGUUGUGCUGAAAGAGCUUGUGAAAGAAAAAUUUUGUCGGUUUUGGUCACUUAUCCACAUCACGUGAUUAACUUGGCAAUCAUUAAUGAACAAGAAGUAGGAAUCCUUGCCACUUCGGCAGCCAGUUGGCCGUGGUGGAUUUGGUUCCUCAUUCUUUUAGGACUUAUCCUACUUCUUUGCUUAUUACCUCUAUUUUUGCUGUUAUGUUCUCUACUAUGCAUGCGCAAAAGGAAGAUAUCAGAUUCCAAAGCCACAGUUCCACCAUCGAAUUCAGCUAAAGUUUCAAAUAUUCUUGUUCGAGCAAAAGAAAUGGAAACAAAUGAAGCUUCAGAAGACAGCUUGAGAAGGCCAUCGGUAUUGCCACCACCACCACCAUCUACUCGAAUAUUUCGCACUCCAUCCGGUUCAUCAUGUGAAAUUGCUCAUUCGACUGCCAGCCAAUCUCGGAUUGCGGCUAUCAUCAGACAACAACAACCUCGGACAUCCUGGGCAAAAAGCACUAUGCGAAAUGAGACGGAGUUGAGACCAACGUUAGGACCACAAAUGGAAAGAGUAGGUGAGGAAUUCGGAGAGGUAACGGGAUCAGAAAGCAAAUUCCAUUCCAGUGCAGAUAAGCAACACAUCGCUCAAUUCGAUUCCGAAAGAGCUGUACACCAGCAAACUGCCUGUGAAGAGAAAUUCUUCAAAAAAAGCGGUCGUCAAAACGAAACGCUUGAAGAAGGUUACGACCGUGCUCAGCUUACAUAUACUACACCUAAGAGACAUUUCUUCCACUCCGAAGUUGUUUAA